UCAAGAUUGGGAGCUAAUGACAUUUGUCGAAAGUGGAGGUUGUGUUUGAACGAGGAGAGAGCAAAUUCAAAAAGACAAACACGUAAUAGAGUUGAAUUCUCCGUAUCUCCCAAAAUUCCAAAUUUCCUCUUUCAUUCUAACCCGCAAAUCAACGUAAUUCUCACCUCCACCGUCAUCUCGAUCCCUAAUCUCCGAUCAACUCGCCGCCGUAGCCACCGCCAUGGAGGAAGUCAAACUCGCUCCCGACGCCACUCACUCCGUUUCGCUGGACGAGGUAGCGCUGCACCGCGAAGACGAUCUCGAGCAAGGAGGCAAAAACAAAAAGUCGAUGCCGGAAAAUGACGUCGUCGAUGACACAAACGGAUCACCGGAUGGAAAUUUGAAGGCGGCGAAAUCGGUGAAGUGGAGCGAACAAUUGGUGUCUGAAUCGACUUAUACGCCUUCAAUUGAACCAGAUUCUUCGCCGUAUUCUCACUCUUCGGCUGGAUCUAACCCUUACGUUUCGCAUUCCUCUACUCCUUCUCUUCCCGAUGCUCCCUCUUUUAAAGAAAGGAUGGAUUCAGUUAAAGAUGUGCUGGGAAGAUGGGGGAAAAAUGUGAAGGAUGCUGCAAAGAAAGCUGAGGAUUACGCUGGCAAUACCUGGCAGCAUUUGAAAACAAGUCCUAGCUUUGCUGAUGCUGCUAUGGGAAGAAUUGUACACAGCACUAAAGUUUUAGCCGAGGGAGGUUAUGAGAAAAUCUUUCUCCAAACAUUUGACACAGUUCCUGAGGAGCAGGUCCAGGAUUCUUAUGCAUGUUACUUGUCUACAUCAGCUGGCCCGGUGAUGGGAACACUAUAUGUAUCUACAGCCAAGCUUGCCUUUUGUAGUGAUAACCCGCUUCCUUACAAAAAUGGCGAUCAGACUGAAUGGAGUUACUAUAAGGUGAUCAUCCCAUUGCAUCAGCUAAAAGCAGUGAACCCUUCUUCAAGCCGAGUAAAUUCAGCUGAAAAAUACAUCCAGAUUAUAUCCGUUGACAACCAUGAAUUUUGGUACAUGGGUUUCUUAAAUUACGACAAUGCCGUCAACAUUCUUCAAGGAGCUUUACAAUCCCGGGAUUUGCAAUCCGUAUGAGAGACUCCUCCGUUGAUAAAAGGUAGCCUCUUGACAUUUCAAGAUGUGCUUUUAUUUAAAGCUUAUUAUUGUGCUCGUUAUAUUGUAGGUUUUUGACAAUGUAGCUUUUAUGUGAUUCUUUUGGGAGGAUAGAGAAAUCUAAUUGACUAUUUAUAUAAUUAUAUAUACUUGUUCGAGUCCA